UUCAUGGGGGGAGAGGAGACAGUGGAUGACUAUUUACUGGGCUGCCGCGCCGCCGCCCGCACCACAGAGGCACCACCAUAGGAAAAGGACGGACGCCUCUCAAAAGCUCACUCCCGAUUCAGUUUUAACAUCUCAUUCUCUACAGUUGGGAAUAAAUCAGCCAUGUUCCGCACAGUGAGUCAGAGAGCGUCUCGAGCGUGGGCGGCAGCGGUCGUGAAUGGGCACAGAUCGCUGCAGACCACCGCCGCCGCCGCCAGUCACCAGGCACCCGUGGCACCCCUGGCACCCUCCCUCUCCAAGGCCAUGACCACCUCGGCCAGACCCGCAGAAGAAGAGGCGGUGCGGUGGAGGUUCGCAGCGGAUGACAAGGUGCGGGGCAUGGUGGCGCGGGUGGAAGUGAGCACGCGGCAGACCACCAACCUCACCCUCAACUCCUCCAAGCCCAUCACCCCCACCCUGGUGGAGGAGGCGCUCCAACAUCUAUACGACAAGGUGGAGUCCCUCAGGCUGUGUUUCCGGCUGCGUGAUGGGAAGCUGUGGAUCGCUGACAUGCCACACCGCAAGCUGGACUUUCAGGUGGUGAGCGGCGGUGACUUGGAGGAGCAGCACAUCUUGCUGAGGGACUCUCCAUUCAACCUUCAUGAUGGACCGCUGUGGAAAACCCGUCUCAUGCCGUGCCCUGAGGAUGCUGUGUGCCACUUCCCAGAGGUGAAGGCAGCCUUACCUCACCAGUGCCACAUCUUGAUGACCCUGCACCACGCCGCCAACGACGGAAUGGUGGUGAUGAUGGUGACACAGCUGCUGAUUGACAUUCUGGACAGCCUCCUGCAGGGUCUGCCCGUGAGCAGCCAGCCGGUCGGGGAGCUGUGUGAAGGCUUUGAGGUGGUGGAGGAGGAGGCCAGGAUCAGAGCAGCACUGCUCCAGGACCCAGAGAGGCUGGUAGCAGCGCUCAGGCAGCACGUGGAAAGCAAGCGCCUUCCUCUGCUCAUGGAGGCCUUUGGUCUGCCCAAAGCAGAGGACUGGACCACCAAGAACCUGCCGCCAGUCGUCCUUGACAACCAGCGCAUGGAGAAGUUUGCUGCCAAGUGUCGCUCCGUGGGCGCCACCAUCAACGCUGGCUUCACCGCGCUCAUCAACACAGCGCUGGUGGAGUUGGUACAGGAGGCGGGGCUGGACAAGGACGUCUACCACUUGUCAAGCAGUCAUCCUGUCGACACUCGCCGCCUCAUGAAGAAUACCCAGAACAUCCCUCUGGGCUACCACGCCAUCCCCAUGACUCAGUGCACUGCCACGCCCCGAAACGUGAAGGAACACUUCUGGCAGUACGUCAAGACAGUGGACGUGAAGCUCCGGGACAAAAUCAAGAGGAAUUACAGUUGUGAACAGAGAGUGUUGGACGCGAUGCUGAGGCCCCAAGACUACACACAUGAGGCACACAGUGUUCUCCGGCAGCUGCCUUCCGGCGAGUACUUGUUCUCAAAUCUGUACUCACCCCGCACGUCCUAUGCAGGCGCCGGCAAGUGCGUGCAGCUGACUGCCGCGGCUAACUACAUGACCAUCCACAAUGAAAAGUACUCUCUGGGCGUGGGACUGUUCAGCUUCCGUGGACAAGCGCGGCUGCAGCUUGCCUACUCGACGGCGGCCGUCAGUGAGGAGGUGGCCUACAAGUGUCUGGAGAAGAAACUUGCCUUGUUUAAUGAAUUGACUGAUGAACUAGAUUAAGUAGCAUCUGCUCUGCUCUUCUGGGGAGUACUGAUUAAUCUUAUUAUGACGAGGAAUAUCUCAUUGAUUCCGAAAUUGUAUGAAUGUUUCAGAAUAGCAUUACCAGUAGUUUGAGUACUUAAGAACCAAACAAGCAGAUGCUGGUUUUAGUGCUUUAGUCUUAGAGAAAGUUCUCGCAUCGUCCUUGUGUAUGAUGUCACCACAGCCCUGAGGCAGGAAUUGCUAAUGUUGACAGAAGCACAGAAGUUGCCUCACGCGAGACAGUUCUGAUAUUUUUUAUUUUUUUUUAUUUUUAUGUAAGUUUUUACAAAGACAGGCUAAUUCAGAUAGGGAUUGGGUUGAGUUAGCAUGUAAAUUUAUGAACAUGUGCUCCAUUUAAUCGAAGGGUGUCAGUCCCGGUGAGGAGUGACACAAUUACAUAUUCGGAAAAGAACAAUGUAAUAUAUAAGGUUUUCUGGAUGAUGCUUUGCUGACUGGAGCAACAUUGUUGUUGCUGAUACCACACGUGCAGUAUUUCAUUUCAUUUUUUUUUUUAUUAUCUACUCAUCCAUCAUAUUUUUUAUCUACUGUUAUUUUCUUUUUCUUUUUUUCUUUUUAAUCAACCGAUGCGUACAUGAAACCAGUGCAGGACGAGGUUGGGCAAGGCUGGUCUCCCCUCUAUACCCGUGCACUACCGGGAACAAGAUCGAAAUAACAAGGCCAAGGGAACGCAAGCUGCGGGGCGAAACGAGGUCAAACCCAUAGUCUUUUCCUGGCUUGGGGUUCAAACCCUGUCCUCUCAGCUGCACUCUUAUCUUUUGAUAACUGAGCAUCAUGCACUCCACUGUAUAUCUGUUAGUUGCCCCAAGGACACUGUGAUAAAACAUUAUUUUGUCCGUUGAUAAAACAUUAUUUUGUCCGUCCCGUGACUGACGUGUUAGCGUCUUGACGAAGAUUGUGCAACGGUCAUUCUUACUUCACGUCUGUUGUGCACAGCACAUAUAAUAAUAAUAAUAAUAAUAAUAAUAAUAAUAAUAAUAAUAAUAAUAAUAAUAAA